AUGCUUCGGGCCACUGCAACCUUACUGCCCACGUCUGUUUUACUCUUUUUUGUGGGAAUCUCAUAUGGCGAAUUAGAAAUGAGUGCGGGUGGCUGGGCUACGGUUCCCAAAUAUCGUUUCCCAGCAGUGGUCACAAUACGGAUAAGAGGCCAAGGCACCUUCGGGGGCGUACUUAUAAACGAUUGCUUCGUACUUACCUCAGCCCAACUAUUGGACUCCCAUGACCGCCCCCCAGUCACCGUCCUUGUUCACGACAUUGAAAAAGGGGGAACGCGACUGGAAUUCGGUGUUGAUGAUGUUUAUAUCCAUCCAAGCUGGACGGGGAAUUUCAGGGAAGGAUAUGAUGUGGCUCUCAUCAGGCUCAACAGGCCAGCUGCCAGUCCAGUUGCAAUCCUUGCGGAGCCGCCGUCACACCUGCUUCCCAACUCCAAAGUGUUUGUACUGAGGUCAGGGGAAGACAUCCAGCUGGCGGAGUUCCACGUUGUCCCCAGCGGCUUCUAUCCUGACCUUGGACAAUUGGAACCACACAUGUUGUGCGCGAUCUCGCACCACGCAAAUUUGAGUCCAGGUGAUCUGGGGGGCCCAGUAAUACUUCCACAUAUUCGCUCAGGAGAAAUGGCCCAAAACCUGGGUAGCAACAACUUGAGCGAGAUAUUGCAAGGAACCCCGGAGAUGGACAUCGUCGUGGGGGUGUUGUCCCAUGCAAAUUUUUCGCUGGUGCACCCCGGGGCCAGUAUUUUCACUAGUGUUUCGAGCAUUGAAAAGUGGAUAGACAAUGUAACAUCGAGUGAUUUGGAUAAAAACCGCGACAGAAAUAUCAAAUUUUGGAGUGUCAAAGGUUCAUCUCGCUGCUCAGGAAAGCCAUACCACAGGACGUCGAAAAUACCACAAUCAAAGAGAGGAUGGAUAAGGGCGCCAAGAGGUCGCUUGAAGGCGUUUGUGAGCGUCAGGGGAAGGGGGCGCGAUCAUGCAUGUGGAGGAGUAAUGAUUGGGAAGCGCCACGUGCUGACAUCUGCCAAUUGCAUAAAUGUGGUUGGACCGAACCCGAUUGUUAUUAUCGGCGUCCAAGGCAUUGACGACGACAGGAGAGUGGAGGGUGUGCAAGAGCACCGCGCUGAAAUGGCCCAUAUCCACCCAAUGUGGAAUGGCAAUGUCGAAGAGGGCUAUGAUGCUGCACUCCUACGGCUGUCGAGGAAUGCCGACGCCCCUCUGACUAACCUACCUAAUCAAAAAUAUGAUUUGCAACCCGAGUCGAUGGUUUGGGGCUUCAAACUUGGUCCAGCUCUGGAAAUGGCGCAAUUUCGCGUUGUGGCAAAUGAAGAAUGCCCAAGGAUGAGCUCCCUCGGGGCUGGCAUGUUUUGUGCUUAUUCAGAAUCAGCUUUCAUGGAGCCAGGUUCUUCUGGCAGUCCACUGUUGAUCGCUAAAACUGAUGACGUCAAGCAAUGGGACGCCAACAAGGACUUGCUUGUGGGGAUUGUGUCAUGCGCAAACUACUCGUCCCUGCAAAACAGCGGGGUGGGCUGUGUACUCAUAAGCAGCAUUGAAUCGUGGAUUCAACAAGUCGUAUCUCCGCAGGCACCUUUUCUGGAUUGGAGCCAAAUAUUGGACACCAUCCAUGAACACAUCACGUCGCUGCCAGUCGUGGAAAAUCUGCGCUUGCUGACUCAAAAUUGGCUUCAGGCAUAUGCGGAAGUUCUCCAGCCUUAUAUCGUGCAGGUUCGAUAUUGCAAAUACAGUGCGUCUUUUGCGAUAGGUUGUUUGUUGCCUCUGCUACUUUCGAAUUUUUGUGUGGUUUUUUGGACCAAAUGUGACGCCAACUCAGGUGCCAAUGAUUGGAUGUUAUGUGGCGCCCGUACAGCGUGCCCAUGA